UAUUGGUUUUGAAUGAGCUUGGAAGCAGAAUGUUUUCAGUUUUAAUCCCGAAUUGAAAAAAAAAACACAAACAACUACCUUUCAGACAAUGCCAGCUAUUACCGAUCCUGGUUUUUUUAAAAAGCCAAACCUUGGUUUUGACAAUAAUCCAAUAGCAAUUUUAACCAACAAUCCUUCGUGAUAUGACCAAUAACUCAAUUAGACGUGAAGAAUCGAGAAACUGCAAAAUCAACGUGACGCGACGCAAAAACUUUAGAACAAAAAAGUUUGGUGUAAGAUAACAGGUUUCAGUUAUUUCAUACUGAUUGCUCUCUCUGCAAAGCCAACACCGAAAAAAGUUCCAUAUAGAAAAAAAAUAGAAUAGCACGUCUUAUUAAAUUCCUAAUUAAAUUUUACUUUGUUUACGUCUGUUCAUUUAUUUUUCAGGUAUAGUUUACUCUCUAUCAAUUUCUUCACUAUUUCCAGACGAAAAGCUCUUUUUAAUUUCGACAUUUGAAUUGCUCUUAUUCGCUUUUUCUUCAUUUAGCCGCUAGUUUUGCUGCUAAGUUCUUUAGAGGUUUCUUUCACCAACAAAAAAAAAUGUCUGCUCAAAAUUUGUUCACACUUCAAAUAGGUGCAGCGUUAGUUUUAUUCUUCUUUGCACAAGCAUUAUUUUUCUCCAAAUGUGAUGGAAUGUUUGCUGAAACGAAACCAGACGAGCCGAACGCAACCCAAAAUGAAGAAAAACGAAUGGUAAACAUGAGGAUUGCUCGUAGCGGUGAUGCUAGCGAAGAUGAUGACGCUGAUCACGAUGAACACGAAGAUGAUGAUGAUGAUAACGAUGAAGACGAAGAUGAUGAUGAUGAUAACGAUGACAAGGAAUCUAUUUGGAACACGACUUUCGGUUUCCUGAUGUAUUUCUUGAUGGUGUUAUUCUUCGCUCUUCAAAUCACACUUCUUAUUUUCUGCCUCGGAAUAUUCGUGAAGAAAAUGUGCUGCGAAACUUACCCCGAAGACUCACAACAAACCGAGCAGAACGUACAUAUCGGCACAGUUAAUCUCGGUCAUACACCUGAUAAUAACGACAGUUACGAUGACAAAAAAGAGAAGAUACUGAAAUACCUCAAAGACCCAAAUAAUAAAGAUACAAUUAUUUUCACCCCCGCUCCCGACAGCCCCUUGGUAAACAACUGGGUCGGCGACGGAGUCCUGGCUACUCAGAGUCACUUAUCGAUCGAUUCGGCAACUACGCAAUACAGCCGACCCGAUUCUCGAAUGUCUGUCAAUACCUACGAUAGUUCAAUUAGCAUAAGUGUCGCUACGCCGAAUGGAAAAUGGACAUGUCCUAUAUGUUUAAACUACAAAGAAGUGAACACAAUUUGUCUGCCUUGUAAACAUGUGUAUCACAAAGGAUGUCUGAAAGAUUACGUCGUCUAUUCGCUCGAACAUAAUUUGCCAUUUCGAUGUCCCAUUUGCAGAUGCAGCUUACAAAUCAACAUAGACUACAAAAAAUUAGAAGCACCCUGAAAAAAAGCUAUUCUCUACCAAAAAAAUCUCGUGAACACCCCCCCCCCCCAACUCCCUCGUAUAGUAUCUAAUAGAGAUUUUCCAAAAGUGAAAAAAAAUUAAUUCAACGGCAGAACAUGUAUUUCACAUAGCUUUGGAGAGAAUUUUUUUUGCAAUAGGAGAGAGGUAGAAUACUUAAUAACGCAGAUUUCAGCCAAUUUUUUAUUUUAUG